AAUUCAUUUUCGUCGUUAUCGCUGUGGCGUCGGUGCGUGAUCGUGGUCGACAGUCGUUCAGUCGUGGUCGUCGUCGAGUGAGUUGUUAGGCCUGUCGUCUCACCCCUACCCCGCCACCGUUGCGUCGUGGCUGUCCGCCAGUCUAUCGACGUUCCCGUUCCCGCUCAUUCGUCCAACGGUUCCCGCGCUAUCCGAUUAACAAAUAACAACCGAUACUGUACUGUGCGCUGUAUCCCGGUAUCGACGUAACGAUAGAGUGCUAGUCCGUCUGCCGCUGCCGAAUAUUUUCGUUGCGACCCGUUUCCGGUACGCCGCCACGAACGUUCUUCAGUUUGCUUUGAUAUUUCAUACUCACGGUCGCUACAAUGCAUAAAGGAGUGGCUGAUAACGAGUAUGAAAUUGAAUCCAUUUUAUUCGAUGAUACAUAUGGGAGUAAAACAAUGUAUCUUGUUAAAUGGAAAAAUUAUCCUAUGGACCAAUGCACUUGGGAACCAUAUCGAAAUUUAACAAAUUGUGCAAAUGCAUUAAAUGACUACAGAUCAAAUAAGGUAGUUGCUGCUGACAUCUAUAAAACUGCACGUUUUAAAGAGCUAUAUGAUUCACUUAAUAUGUUUGGUGAUCAAGAAUUGAUUGAAUUGUUGCACCGCGUCAUCGAGGAAGGCAUGCCAUCUGUAGAUGAUAAGUUUGUUAGGGGUACUAUUGCUUAUUUAUCAACAGUAUCCCCAAGUAGUAGGAGUACAUCAUUAACUAAAUUGAUUAGACAUAAUUUGAUGAUAAUUGAAGUUAACAGAAAAAGGCAAAAACAACUUGAUAAAUUGUGUAAAUGGCAAAAUGAUAUGGCUGCAGUCUGUGGAUUUAACAUAACUGUUGUAAACAAUGUAGACUUUGAAGGCCCACCCAAACGGUUUUAUUAUGUGGAUGAAUGUGUGGCUGGGAAAGGAGUUGAAAUUCCAAAUGACCCUCCAGUUUGGUGUCACUGUGAUGUUACUUGUGGAGGAAAAAAACGUAAAAAGACUGAAUGUCAUUUUGGCGAUUUUCAACUUGCAUAUAAUAAAUUUAAGCGUGUUAUAGUUCCUCAAGGCACACCAAUUUACGAGUGUAAUAAAAAAUGUUCUUGUGAUAGCACAUGUAUAAAUCGAGUAGUUCAACAUGGUCCUAAUAAAAAUUUUAAACUUCAAAUAUUUCGUACAGAUAACAAUCGCGGUUGGGGAGUCAAAACUUUAAUAAAUAUAAAGCAGGGUACCUAUAUUACUAAAUAUACUGGUGAAGUGAUUACCAGAUCAGAAUCUGAUCAACGGGCUAUCACUCAUGGUUCAAAGUCAACAUACUUGUUUGAUCUUGACUACAAUACUGAUAAAAAUGAUAGCGUUUAUUCUAUUGAUGCAACUACAUUUGGUAAUAUAUCACAUUUUAUAAAUCAUUCAUGUGAUUCCAAUCUGGCCAUAUUUGCUGUGUGGAUUGAUUGUUUGGAUACUAAUCUUCCAACUCUGGCAUUAUUCGCAUCUAGAGAUAUUAGUGCAGGUGAAGAGAUAACAUUCAAUUAUAUGACUUCUGUUAAUAAUGAAAAUCGGAGAAUUAAAUGUAAAUGUCAAUCUAAAAACUGCCGUGGUUACCUGUGUUAGUAUAAAUAAUUUUAUUUUCA